UGAACAUCGAAAUAUCUUUGUAGAGCGAGAGAGUGGAGGGAGAAAAACAAAAAGGAUGCCACUGGGAAAAUUCUACUGCGAUUACUGCGACAAACAAUUCCAGGAUACACCCACCGCCCGGCGACGCCACCUCAAAGGCACCGCCCACCAGAGGGCCAAAGCUCUCUGGUACGACGCCGUCCGCUCCUCCUCCCACUUUGCUCUGAAUGAGGUCGAAGAUCCUAUGUUUAUGGCCAAAGGAGUCUGCAAUCGGUUCGUCCGUACGGGGUCAUGCCAGUAUGGAGAUUCUUGUAAAUACUAUCAUCCGAAGAAGAAUGUGCCGAAUCUGAAUCCUCAAGGAGCCGAAGCAGCUGUACUUUUUGGAAAUCAAAUGGGGACAUCACUGGGGAACCUACCCCCUUCUCUAUGGCCACCUCCAGACGGUGGAUACCCGCCCCUACCAUUCGUCGAUUGGGGAUAGGGUUUGAAUUAGCUGAUAUAUUUUACAAGUACUACUGCAGAUGUACCGCAUCAUCCCAGUCUUUUUACCUUAAAGAAGACUCAUCCAAUCGACUAGAAGAAAUUAUCAUGAUCUUCACCUUCCAACUUAUCAUGGUGAAAUCGAACUAUGCCGACUCAUUAUUAUCGGUACCAAAUAUUCUGAUACGGUCAUGCAAUUCUUAAGUCUUAGUAUAACCAAAUAGAACCGAUUUUGUUUUUAAAAAUAAUAUGGGCCAUUUUCCAGAUCUGUGUAUCCUAAAUUCCAAUUAAAAUUAGAGUUAUUCGUUUACACUCUCCUACUAAGGUUUAACAUCCGUGUGGCUUCUUUCCUUUUUUCUGUCUCUUGCUGCUGUAUUUUUAUUUUCCCUUGCUUUAACUUCUUUCUUCAUCCCUGAUUUGCCUUUUUCUUUCUUUUCCUUUUACCUUUUGUUAUGGGUUUGGUUUUUGUUAGAAGUUGGACUGCUAUUUUACAGUUUUGGUUCCUUUUCCAGCCAAAACUGCUACUAAUUCUUGGCCUAAAGCUCUGCCGCACUCUGUGAUGUUUAGUUUGCAACUUGUUUUUUCGUUCUUUGGUAAAGCCAAUCUCCAAAUC